GCUGAGCCGCCUGCUCUUCGAGACUGCAGGAGGUGCCGCGCUGUCGGCGUUCCCUGCCCCUGGAGAGCCCGAGCAGCGGUGCCGCCGGGCGAAGCGCUGCGCUGUCCCGGACCACUCCCGAGGAGGAGACCCAGCGCCCGCCGCCGCGGGGUCGCGCCUCGGGCCUCCGCUGCGGUCCCUGGCAGGCGGGAGCCGGCGCUGCGGCGGAGCGCGACCCUCCUCCCCGCCGCCCUGUCCACCUUGCCGGGGAAGGCGGAAGAUGCCAGUGAAGAAGAAAAGAAAAGCCCCCGGAGUGGCAUCGGCGGUCGCAGAAGACUCGGGCCUCAAAAAGUGUAAAAUCUCCAGCUUUUGCAGAUCCCAGCCUCCUGCCAGACUGAUUAGUGGAGAGGAAGAUUUUUCAAGAAAGAAGUGCCUGGCUUGGUUUUAUGAGUAUGCAGGUCCUGAUGAAGUUGUAGGGCCAGAAGGAAUGGAAAAAUUUUGUGAAGACAUUGGUGUUGAACCUGAAAAUAUUAUUAUGUUAGUUUUAGCGUGGAAAUUGGAGGCUGAAAGCAUGGGAUUUUUUACCAAGGAAGAAUGGUUAAAGGGAAUGACCUCAUUACAGUGUGACUGCACAGAAAAGUUACAGAGCAGAUUUGAUUUUCUGCGCUCCCAGCUGAAUGACAUCUCAUCGUUUAAGAAUAUCUACAGAUACGCCUUUGAUUUUGCAAGGGAUAAAGAUCAGAGAAGCCUUGAUAUUGAUACUGCUAAGUCUAUGUUAGCACUGCUGCUUGGGAGAACGUGGCCACUCUUUUCAGUAUUUUACCAGUACCUGGAGCAAUCAAAGUAUCGUGUUAUGAACAAAGAUCAGUGGUACAAUGUAUUAGAAUUCAGCAGAACAGUUCAUGCCGAUCUUAGUAACUACGAUGAAGAUGGUGCUUGUAAGUAUAUCAUGCAUUCCUAUGAAAAUAAAAUUCCUAAAAAUGUUAAACGAGUUAAUGUAUUCUGAGACUUUAACCGAAAGUUUGAACUAGUGUAACCAUAACUAGUUAUUUAAUCAGGAUUUGGGGGAGGCUGAGUCUAGAUUCAGCAAUGUUAUAAAAUCAAUGCUAGUGAAUAAAAACGCUGAUUCUUCAGUGACUAGACAUUACAGCUAAAUGAUCAUUUCUCAACCUAGAAGCUAAAAUUUUACUUUGUACUUGCCUUUUCAGUGGAAGAAAAAUUUCACUCAUGCAUUUAAAAGGACAAAGGCACAACAAAUAAGCCCAGUUAAUUCUGUAGAACUCUUAAACUUUAAGUCUCUACCAUCAUUUGGAGUACUAUAGUGUCUCAGUGUCCGUGGAAUGGUGCUUUGCUUUAUAACAAAAAUGACAGUAAAACACUGUGACACAAAAGAAACAAGGUACCAAAGAGACAGCCUGCAUAGUAUUCUUUCCCUAUAGGAUCGCAUAGAGUUUAAUUCUUGUUUAAAGAAAUAAUCGUUUUCUACAGUAGGCUAACAGCCCAAGAGCUGCAGAUGUGUAUAUCUGUGUGUGUUGAGCCAACAUUUAAAACUGAGAGGUUUGUUAUAAAAAUAAACUUGUAAAUUUAUUUGAACUAUCCGAAAAUCUGACACAUUGCACCUGUAUUCCUUUGUAGGUUUCAGAGGUUGGAACCAAGUAGUGGCUUGUGUUGAACUUGCUCUCCAGUUUGGCAGUCCACACAGU